AUGAGCAGCUGCGACGACCUUUACCCAGCGGCAAUGCUGCCCAUCUGGGUACCGGGCGCUGCUGCCGGCAUCGUCUCCUUGCACCUCAUCCAGCGGUUCCUAUUCCCGUACUUCUGGGCUGACCUGAGAUACCUCUUAAAAGUGCUGGCCUACGGGCUGAGAGUGGAGACAUACCGGCUGCGAGGGAGGAUCGUCACUGUCCUGGACAAGUUUGUGAAGCUGGCUGAGAAGCAGCCUCGCAAGCCGUUCCUCAUCUACGAAGGGAAGGUGCACACCUACCGGGAUGCGGACAGGAGGAGUAACAGGGUAGCGCAGGUCUUCCUGCGGUAUGAGGCUCUGAAGAAGGGUGACACGGUGGCCCUGCUGAUGGGCAAUGAGCCAGACUUCAUCCACGUGUGGUUUGGACUGGCCAAGCUGGGAUGUGUGGUGGCUUUCCUCAACUUCAACGUCCGCUCCAGAUCUCUCCUGCACUGCAUCAGUAGCUGUGAGCCCAAGAUACUGGUUGUGGGAGCAGAUUUGCUUGGGACACUGGAAGAAAUUCUUCCUAACCUUCAAAAAGACGUUAGUGUUUGGAUAAUGACGAAAGACUCCCCCUUUCCAAGUGUGCAUACGCUUUUAGACAAAAUAGAGGCUGCAUCGGAAGACCCCAUUCCAGUUAAUCGACGAUCUGCUAACAGCCUCAAGUCAUCUGUUUUAUACAUAUUUACUUCAGGAACAACAGGUCUUCCAAAAGCUGCAGUCAUCAGUCACACGCAGAUUCUUAAAGGAGCUGCUGGACUGUGGGCUUUUGGUGCCACUGCAGAAGAUAUCAUUUAUAUUACUCUGCCUCUUUAUCACAGUGCAGCAUCUCUUCUUGGCAUUGGUGGAUGCAUUGAAUUGGGUGCAACCUGUGUGUUAAAAAAGAAGUUCUCGGCUAGUCAGUUUUGGAGUGACUGCAAAAAGUACAAUGUGACUGUCAUCCAGUACAUUGGAGAACUUUGUCGUUACCUUUGCAGCCAGCCAGUGAAGGAAGGAGAAAAAAAUCACAAAGUCCGGCUAGCAGUUGGAAAUGGAGUAAGAAAUGAUGUAUGGAGAGAGUUUUUAGACAGAUUUGGUGCUAUUAAGAUCUGUGAAUUUUAUGGUGCUACUGAAGGAAACAUUUGUUUCAUGAACCACAUAGGAAAAAUUGGAUCUGUUGGACGCACCAAUUUCUUUUAUAAGCUUUUUUUCCCGUUUGAUUUAAUCAAGUAUGACUUCCAAAAAGAUGAACCAAUUAGAAAUAAGCAUGGUUGGUGUGAAAAAGUUAAGAAAGGUGAGGCUGGUCUUCUCAUUUCGAAAGUCAAUGCAAAGAACCCUUUCUUUGGCUACGCAGGAAGUAAGAGACACACAGAAAAAAAAUUACUCUGUGAGGUAUUUAAGAAGGGAGAUCUUUAUUUUAAUACUGGAGAUCUAAUGGUUCAAGAUCAUGAGGAUUUUCUUUAUUUUUGGGACAGGAUUGGAGAUACCUUCAGGUGGAAAGGGGAGAAUGUUGCAACUACAGAAGUUUCCGAUGUCAUUGUAAUGUUGGACUUCAUACAAGAAGCAAAUGUGUAUGGUGUAUCUGUCAUGAAGUUUAUGGCUUCUCUUAUUCUAAAGCAGAAUACAUCAUUAAACUUGGAGCAAAUGUAUAAACAAGUAGUGACCUAUCUGCCAAGUUAUGCUUGUCCUCUUUUUCUAAGAGUCCAG